AUGGAAGUUUCUCUUCGUGUGUCAGAUGAGGACCCGGCAGAUGAAACUAAGAUGAAUUCUGUGAAGGAGGCGUCAGUUUCUCUUGAUAAUGUUCGUAUGCAACAUGCUAUUAUGUUGAAACAGAAGUCAAGGAACAAGUGGUUGAUUGAGGGUGCGAGUAAUACUGCUUUUUUCCAUGCAAACAUUCAAACUCGUAUGAGUAGUAAUGUGAUAUCUGAAUUAGUUGAUGAAAAUGGUAAUACUAUUACGGAUUAUGCGCAGAUUAGAGACUAUACGGUUCAAUUUUUUGAAGCUAAAUUCAAAGGGGUGGAGCAACCUAUUGAUGAUAGUUUUUUUCAUUAUGAUCAUGAGAGCAUUUCUAUGGAGGAGGGUGUGAUGAUGGAUGCGGUUCCUUCUUUGGAGGAAAUUAAAAUCGUUGUUUUUGAUUUGGGUGUUGAUAGUGCGCCAGGCCCAAAUGGGUUUUCUGGAUGUUUUUACAGGCAUUGUUGGUAUGUGAUUACUUAUUGCUGGCAAAAUAAGCUUAUUCCUCAGGGGUAUAAUUCGAGUCUUUUGAUUCUUCUGGCUAAGGAAGAACAAGUUGCUUUCAUGAAGGGUAGAAACAUUCGUGAAAAUGUUAGCGUAGCCUCUGAAAUGGUGAAUGAGUUUAAAAGCAAGCGGAAACAUGGUAACGUUGGUCUCAAGUUAGAUAUUUCCCAGGCUUUUGAUACGGUUAGAUGGUCUUUUGUCUUGGAGGUGUUUCGUAAAUAUGGUUUUUUGGAAAAUUGGUGUUCUUGGAUUUUGACUAUUCUCAGUUCGGCUCACAUUUCAGUUCUUCUAAAUGGCAGUCCUGAAGGCUUUUUUAGUAUCAAUAGAGGACUUCUCCAAGGCGAUCCUUUGUCUCUUAUUUUUCUGCUGAUAAAAGAUUUUCUUAAUAGAAACCUCACCAAACUUUUUCUCAGCAAGAGUAUGACUCCUAUGCUGUCGAAAAACGGUAUUUCUCCUACUCAUCUGUUUUUCACUGAUGACAUUAUGAUUUUUUGCAAGGGCAAUAUGAAGAGUUUGCAUAGCUUACUUGAUUUACUUGGUAAAUAUCAAACUUCUUCUGGUAAGACGGUUUGUCGUCAAAAGAGUAAGGUGUAUUAUGGUGGAAGUUCUUUGAGCCGGUGUAGAACUAUUACGGAUUUAUUGGGUAUGGAGGUAUCAACUUUUCCGGAUAGGUACUUGGGGGUUCAAAUUAUGCCAGGUGCUGUCAAGUAUCGUCAUAUUUGUAAUGUGAUUGAUAAAAUUAAGAACCAACUCUCGGUUUGGAAGGGGAAAUUUCUUUCUUUUCAAAAUCGGGUGGUUCUUAUUAAUUCGGUGAUUGCUAGCUACUCUAUUCACAACAUGGUUGUAUGUAAAUGGCCUCGUAAAUUUAUUGAUCAAUGUGAAAGAGUUAUUCGUAAUUUUCUUUGGUCAGGGGACGCUGAAGUUUGUCGUAAAGUUGUUGUUGCUUAUGAUAAGGUUUGUUUCCGGGUGAGGGAAGGUGGCUUAGGCAUUACCAAGCUUGUUGUUACAAAUAAGGCUCUUCUUAUGAAGUUGUGGUGGAAUAUUAAGACUUCUACGAAGAAAUGGGCUCUUUUUCUUUAUGCUAAAUACACCAAUAGGAUGGAUAGAAUUAAGGAGUAUGGGGUGAAUUCUUCCAUUCUGCCGGGUAUCAAACAGGUCUAUAGAGAGGUGGAAGAAAAUACUAAGGUAUUGAUUGGAGAUGGGCGAUCUACAUCUCUUUAUUUUGAUAUUUGGUAUGGUUAUUCUAGCAUUGCUGAUAUCAUUGGUGAGGAGGGGUUGGACAGCACUAUUAAGGUUUGCUCUCUACUUAUCAAUAAUGAAUGGGUUAUACCUGAUGUGCAUAUGCAUAAUAUGUUGUGUGUUGGAGUUAAUAUUGCUGAUUUACCAAGUCCUUUGGGUGGUGAUGAUUGCCGUGUUUGGAUGCCUGAUUUAAAGGGUAUUUUUUCGGUGAGUUCAGCUAAGCAUUUGAUUCCUAAGAAAUAUGCUCAAGAUGAUAUUUAUGCUCUUUUGUGGAGAAAGGUGGUUCAUCCGAACCUGGCUGCUCAGAAUUGGAAGCUUGAGCAUGGUGCUUGUGCAACUCUGGACAAGAUUCAAAGCAGGUUCAAAAUCAGCCUAGUGAACAAAUGCUACAUGUGUAGAUCGGAGGAGGAAUCAAUUGAGCACAUCUUGUGGACGUGUGAUUUUUCUACUCGGGUUUGGGGCUGGAUUUCUGGCAUUUUUAACUUAACUCCUCAUUUCAAUCUUAUUGUUUCUUAUAAGGUUGCCAAGGGAAGAAGACGGAUUAUAAAAGACUUAUGGUUGAUUGCAAAUUUGAUAGUAAGAGCUGAAAUGUGGUUAACUCGAAACAAAAUUGUGUAUGACAAGAAAACCGCAAACUCGAACUUGUUCAAGCAGCGUGUCUUUUAUCUUGUCCAUGAGCAUUCUGUUCGUAUUAAGAGUUUCAUGCAUAAUACGCCUCCACCAAGGAAUUGUUUGCUUCUUUAUUGUGACGGCGCUGCAAAAGAUAACCCGGGGCGUGCUGGUGAUGGUGUGGUUGUUAAGGAUGCUGAUUGUAACGUGGAUGGAGCUAUGAGUAUUGGCCUUAGAAUUACUAAUAAUUUCAUGGCUGAAUUGUGUGCUAUUUUGGUUGGAUUGGAAUGGGCUAUUAGACAAAGGUGGAUCCAAGUUCAGAAUUCUUAUGAUUCAAUUUCAUUUGAUCAUACUUAUCGUGAGACAAACUUUUCUGCAGAUGAUAUGGCUAAAAGAGGUUGUCUUUUGACGAAUGGUGAAGAAAGUGGAGCUCUUGGUGUUUCAAAAAAAUUUGUUGCUGAAGUUUUGGGAACCAUAAAUGCAUUAGAAUGGGCAGUUUCUGAGCACAAGAAUAAGGUAACAAUCAAUUCUGAUUCUAAAGCAGCAAUAACAGCCUUUACUAAAAAUAAAAUCCCUUGGUUCAUAUGGAGUAGAUGGAGAUAUGUGUGCAGCAAAUUGAAUCCAAUACACUUCAAUCAUGUCUUCAGGGAGGUAAAUUUUUCUGCAGAUUUCUUUGCAAAAAAAGGUGUUCAUUUGGCUAAAGGUCAAAAACUGAAAUUCACAGAGAGACCCCUUUCUAUGCACAGGAUGGAAUUCCCUGACAUUAUCUACAGUACCACAGAUUUCAGUGAUGGGCUAGAUGGGCUCACUAUUUACAUAAUUGAGAGAUGGGCUGAGUAG